AUGCUUUUUCGUCCGCAGCCGGAGCAGCUUGACUUCAUCGUCCUCUUCUCUCUCGUGGUGCUCGGCUUCGGCGUCGUCGCUAUUCUUGUUGCUGCUGCUGCUGCUGCCAAUCCCGUCCUCGACGCCGUUGCUGAUGCCGUAUCCGUUUUCGGCCGCGUUGCCGUUGGCCGACGGCGGAUGGGACAGCGAGUGACUCAGGGCGGCUGCGCUGGUCACAAAGGCGUGGAUGUGCGCCGCCAGGGCUUCUCCCUGGCUGGGCCUCAGCCCGGUGCUCUGGAUGAUGGAGCCAUCUUUGCGAGAGAGGAUCAGGGUCGACUGCACGCCUGGGCGCGAGGUCAGGUGGGACAGCAAGGCCGAGACAUGCUGCGGAAUCUGCUGCGACGGAGGAAAUCAGCAAUUACAACACACGACAUAGUUCUGCUGAACGAAUCGCACAGACUCACCGCUGUCUGGGCCAUCCUCCUGGCGGGCAGAGUUGAGGCUGGUCAGAGAAGGAGGGCCAACACGUCAUGCAGCCAGCUCUCAUCUCUCAUGGCGCAUCGCCGGUCGGGCAGCCAGGCGGAAGAUCGACAAGCUGUCUUGCGCCAGCUGUCCAAUUGCAGGGUGUCCUUUUUCGAGUUGCUGGUCUUCUCCUUUUCUCGUCUUAAAUUUAUACCCUGUCGUACCGAGUAUACCCAAGUGAACUUCAACUUCCUCCUCCAUAGACCUCCCCCCGCCAAUACGGACGAUGAUCGAUAUAUUCGACCUCUUCCUCCGCUUCCGGGUCCCCAGCCGGCCCCAGAACAAGAGCAAGGCCGGCUGGUUCGGCCUCGUGCGCCGCGACGACAACAAACACACCACCGAGUCGGUGCCGCAGCGGGUUCUGCUGGCGCUGGAGGAGGUGCCCAAAUGAGCUGGACGUACCUGCACAACGAGUCGGGCAACAUCUACUCGCACCUGAUCCCGGCGAUCGCGGCGGUUUUCGGCCAUCGGUUCCUGUACCAGUACCUGCGCAAUGAGUACGCGAAUCUGCACGAGAAAGACUGGCGCGUGAUCUCGCUGCAGCUGUGGACGGUCCUCGUCUGCCUGUCGACGUCAACGUUGUACCACACCAUGACGAACCAUUCGCCGCGCGUGGCCCAUAAGUGUCUGCUGUACGACUACAUGGGGAUCAUCACGGUGAUGCUGGGAAAUUUCAUCAGCGGGAUCUACUUUGGCUUCUACUGCGAGCCGCGCCUGCGACUAACGUAUUGGACACUGAUCUCCGUCCUGGGCCUCGUGACCGGCGUCAUCCUGCUGACGCCCAAGUUCCAUGGCCCGCAAUGGCGCAGGUUCCGGCUGAACUGCUUCAUCCUGACGGGGUUCUCUGCCUUUGCGCCGAUCGGCCACGGCACGCUGCGGUGGGGGAUGGAGUUUGUGCGGAAAACGGGGGUGCCGUAUUAUUUUGCAGAGGGUGCGUUAGUCUUGAUUGGAUGUUAUUUCUACGAGGCAGGCAGGAAAAGGAGGGCAAGGCGAAACAAAGGGAAUAGACUUAGACGGUUCGGUUGGUCCGUUGGUUUGGCUCAUUGA